GCAUUGUAGGUAGGUUACCAAUGUCCUUGUCCUAUCAGACGCACACUGUUUGACUGACUUCACGCAAGGGCUUAGGGAUUCGUUUGAACUUGAAUUAUAUUUAUUCUAACAAAAUGAGGGCAGCAGGGUUUCUCCGUCGCUCUCUCUCUGUACUGAGGCAAGCAAGAUGCUACGCCGACGCGCCUUCAGGCUCUGGCCAGAUGUCCUUCACAUUUGCUUCCCCAACGCAGGUAAAAUAGUCCGGGGAGUUGACAAGGUUUAUGUUAUGGGCCUAUGGUAGCUUCCUAGCUAUCUCUCCAAUGAUAUAACGUCACUCUCUUAUUAAUAAAGACACAUUAUCCAACCUUACGCAUGUAGCUAGCUAGCGACAAAUGCCAGUGGCGUAACCACCGCUCAAUGGCUAGCUAGUUUAACUUGGUAACGUUAGCAAGUUAGCUUACCUACUUCUGUAUGUGGUGCACGUCUUUGUAAAUUAUGGAUAUUCUUCAAAGCAGUUUGGCAUGCCUAAAUUGUUCUAUGCAGCAAUGUGUCCCCAUUCUGUGUUGCCACUUGCUAGCUAGAUUGCAAUAAAUAACCUGCUUGUCAAAGCUAGUUACCACAAUGGGUCACAGGCCCUUGCAGUUUCUUAUUAUUUCACCUUGGGACUAGAAAGGGAUUACUGUACUAUUAGAUUGUUAGCAAGCAUUUCUGAUUGAAUGACUAAGGUUGGCAAAAUUUUCAGGAGUGUGCUGAUUGCACCUUUUUAGUCACCCACAUAACUAGCUAGCUAUUCUGUUAGUUAGUUAGCUAGCUAGGUACAAGUUAGCCUAAUAGCUAGCUAGAUAUCGCUGAAGUGCAUCAGACAGUACUAGGCUAUUUGAUAGAUAUUUGCUAGUUAGUUGGAUAAACAAUGUCUUACCUAGUUACAUAACUCAAGUCAACAUUAAAGUUGAAUUGGAGAGAAUUCUGUGUUUGCUUUUCAACCGAUGUCAGGCAGUAAUGGCAUAUUACAUUACAUAACAUAACUGCGAUGUACCUUACCAGAACCUCAUUGACAACUAAAAUGGAGUAACAUAACACCUCAGUAAAUAUGCAUGGACUUCAUUCUUGAGGAAAAAAUAUCUAGUACUGGAUGCAGAUACUGUAUAUUUCCACAGAUAAUAUUGAACUUCAAUUAUGUUAAGAAAAUCAAUAACAGUCAAUGUCCUGUACAGUAAUGUAUGUGUUUCUCCUUCUCCCAGGUGUACUUCAAGGAGACCAGUGUGAAACAGGUUGACGUGCCCACGCUGACUGGUGCUUUCGGUAUCCUCCCCGCCCACGUCCCCACGCUGCAGGUCCUCCGGCCCGGAGUGGUCACUGUGUUCAACGAUGACGGCUCCGCAACAAAAUUCUUUGGUGAGAUUUUGCUUGAUGGUUUAGAUGGAUCAGUGGUCUGGUCUGAUGACCUGUUAAAGUUAUGAUUUUAAGCAUCAAACAUAAAGGGCAAAGAGGAGGCGCAUGCGUGUACCGAUAGGACGCAUGGGGUGUGAGUAGCUCUGUUUUGUACCGACAACUGUGGUUAUAUGUAGAAACCAGACAACAAAGUUUUAAAGCAAGCCUCUAAACUUGAUAAAUCAACAUAUCUCCAAGCAACUGGGAGAGUGUGAGCGAUCAGUUUUGUACAACAGCGAACCAAUCAGUUUGUAAAAUAGUGCAGCAACAUGAAUCCAACAGACCAUUGCCUUCUUCAAAGGAAAGGACAAAGGGCAACUUGGAGACGCAAACAAGAGUAAUGAACAGUUAAAUGAUAUCCAGGAAAACAUACAGUGGGGAAAAAAAGUAUUUAGUCAGCCACCAAUUGUGCAAGUUCUCCCACUUAAAAAGAUGAGAGGCCUGUAAUUUUCAUCAUAGGUACACGUCAACUAUGACAGACAAAUUGAGGGGGAAAAAAUCCAGAAAAUCACAUUGUAGGAUUUUUUAUGAAUUUAUUUGCAAAUUAUGGUGGAAAAUAAGUAUUUGGUCACCUACAAACAAGCAAGAUUUCUGGCUCUCACAGACCUGUAACUUCUUCUUUAAGAGGCUCCUCUGUCCUCCACUCGUUACCUGUAUUAAUGGCACCUGUUUGAACUUGUUAUCGGUAUAAAAGACACCUGUCCACAACCUCAAACAGUCACACUCCAAACUCCACUAUGGCCAAGACCAAAGAGCUGUCAAAGGACACCAGAAACAAAAUUGUAGACCUGCACCAGGCUGGGAAGACUGAAUCUGCAAUAGGUAAGCAGCUUGGUUUGAAGAAAUCAACUGUGGGAGCAAUUAUUAGGAAAUGGAAGACAUACAAGACCACUGAUAAUCUCCCUCGAUCUGGGGCUCCACGCAAGAUUUCACCCCGUGGGGUCAAAAUGAUCACAAGAACAGUGAGCAAAAAUCCCAGAACCACACAGGGGGACCUAGUGAAUGACCUGCAGAGAGCUGUGACCAAAGUAACAAAGCCUACCAUCAGUAACACACUACGCCGCCAGGGACUCAAAUCCUGCAGUGCCAGACGUGUCCCCCUGCUUAAGCCAGUACAUGUCCAGGCCCGUCUGAAGAUUGCUAGAGUGCAUUUGGAUGAUCCAGAAGAGGAUUGGGAGAAUGUCAUAUGGUCAGAUGAAACCAAAAUAGAACUUUUUGGUAAAAACUCAACUCGUCGUGUUUGGAGGACAAAGAAUGCUGAGUUGCAUCCAAAGAACACCAUACCUACUGUGAAGCAUGGGGGUGGAAACAUCAUGCUUUGGGGCUGUUUUUCUGCAAAGGGACCAGGACGACUGAUCCGUGUAAAGGAAAGAAUGAAUGGGGCCAUGUAUCGUGAGAUUUUGAGUGAAAACCUCCUUCCAUCAGCAAGGGCAUUGAAGAUGAAACGUGGCUGGGUCUUUCAGCAUGACAAUGAUCACAAACACACCGCCUGGGCAACGAAGGAGUGGCUUCGUAAGAAGCAUUUCAAGGUCCUGGAGUGGCCUAGCCAGUCUCCAGAUCUCAACCCCAUAGAAAAUCUUUGGAGGGAGUUGAAAGUCCGUGUUGCCCAGCGACAGCCCCAAAACAUCACUGCUCUAGAGGAGAUCUGCAUGGAGGAAUGGGCCAAAAUACCAGCAAGUGUGUGAACCUUGUGAAGACUUACAGAAAACGUUUGACCUGUGUCAUUGCCAACAAAGGGUAUAUAACAAAGUAUUGAGAAACUUUUGUUAUUGACCAAAUACUUAUUUUCCACCAUAAUUUGCAAAUAAAUUCAUAAAAAAUCCUACAAUGUGAUUUUCUGGAAAAAAAAUUCCCUCAUUUUGUCUGUCAUAGUUGACGUGUACCUAUGAUGAAAAUUACAGGCCUCUCAACUUUUUAAGUGGGAGAACUUGCACAAUUGGUGGCUGACUAAAUACUUUUUUCCCCCACUGUAUGUAUGUAUAUAUAUAUAUAUAUAUAUAUAUAUAUAUAUAUAUAUAUAUAUAUAUAUAUAUAUAUAUAUAUAUAUAUAUAUAUAUAUAUGGUUGAGAGAAUGCCAAGAGUGUGCAAAGCUGUCGUCAAGGAAAAGGGUGGCUAUUUGAAGAAUAUACAAUUUGUUUUGUUUAACACUUUUUUUGGUUACAUGAUUCCUAAUGUGUUAUUUCAUAGUUUUGAUGUCUUCACUAUUAUUCUACAAUGUAGAAAAAAUAAAGAAACCCUUGAAUGAGUAGGUGUCCAAACGUUUUACUUGUACUGAGAUAUAUAUAUAUAUAUCAAGUUAUUUGUUAGUCAUGGAUAUGUUUUGUGUAAUUCUACAAAGUCUUUGAAAAAACGUAGGCCUAUAGCUUAUUUUUGUUUCCCUUUACAAUAAAAACAGUGUAAUCCAUUUGAUCAACUUUAUUUGUAGAUUCGAUUAGUUAUAAAGUCCAGUUACAGCUUCAUUUGACAAAGUAGGAACGAAAAAGAUGAUAAUUAUAUAAACAGCCAGGUGAAAUUAUUUUGUGUUCCUAAACAAAAGCACCAGUGCAUGAACAAUUGUAAAGGAUGAAGUGCAUAAAUGGCAUAUUUUAAUUUUAUCGUACUAAUUUUUGCUUAUUAGACAGAGCAAUGCUGCACGAGUGGUCAUGUGCUGAAUGCAUGGACAGCACGGAUAUUCUUGGAAAAAGUGACAUUUGGAAAUAAAGCUACACCUCUCUUAAUUAUGAAUUAUUUCACAAAGGUAAGUGUAAUAGAAACACCAGAAUAUGCUCUUUCUGAUACUAUGUAGAAAUCAAAAUGUUUCACCUGCAUGUGACUCUGAAGGAGGAUUUGAUAGUGAUGAUCCUUUCCUGAUGCACCCAUCUUUUCAUGUACAAUUUGACAACUGAUAGGCCAAAUAUUGUCACUCAUCAGAUUAUUGUCAAUUUAAUCUAGUCUAUAGGCUAACUCCUAUAGUGUGAAAUUUAGUUUCAGUAUAGUUUAGGUGUAGUUUCGAUGGGCCGGCAGGCUGACUGGCAUCUUGUUUCCCGUUCAUCAAGUUGGAAAGAGUCAAGGAUAUGUCUUGCAUUAUUCUAAAGGCCUACUGCAACACAUAGCAUGUUUUUAUUUCCCUUACAAUACAUUUGAUUAGUAAUAGUUAAAGUAAAUAAAACAGUCCUGUAACAGCUUUUUACAAAGUUAAAUGUAAAUAGAACGGAAUCAACCCGCAAGGCACGCGCUGUCAAAUUAUUUGCUGGUGAUAAAUAGGCAUAACUCAUUACACUAUUGUCUUUCUAAAUUUAAAUAAUCCUCUUCACCCUCCUUAUCAUUCAGUUAGGCCUAAUUUAAAUUGAAUUGUGAAGUAAGGUGCACAAUUAUCUCCUGUUCAUCCAUUUGUCAUUCAUUCAGUGAGGAGCUCGACACAUUAGCGCCUAGCUGGGAACCAACAACCUACAGCACAUUGUCUUGGCAGAUUAAGUUAAGAAUAGGUGUGAAUAAACAGGGGAAAAGGCUAAAAUACUUUGGUGUCAAUUCUGACAUAAGCAGUGUGAAAUACAAACAUUUACUAAAAGUCAGGAAAGGUGUACGGCAGGGUUUAUUUAACGCUUUGUGAAUAUUUUUAUUUUUUGAAAAUCAGACUUCAGUGGCUGUUGGCCUAUGGGGGUGUAGUGUUAAGUGGACCACAAAAAAUAUUAAAUACUUAGGAUGCUUAAUAAGUGACAGCAAACAGCUAGCUAACUACACUUUAUCCCAUUUACUCAACAACAUGAAAGCAAAUCUAAUUAAAUGGAACAAUCUUCCCAUAAAUCUUACAGGUUGAAUAAACCUUUUUUUAGAAUGGCAUGGCUCCCAAAGUUUUUAUCUGUUUUCGGUAAUACCAAUUACCCCACUGAAGACUCUUUAAAUUAUACUCUGCAAUAAGACUUGGGCAAAUAAAACUCACAGAAACCCCCCCAUAACAAAAUCCCCAUCAAUAUCUGUCAGUUUAAGCUAGACUUGUUUAUUUGCUUUGGAUGCAUCUCAAUCACCGCAUCCGCCAGUGUCGCACUUCCGCAUCUGCGGUGAAAAGUAGCAGAGCUAGAGCGGUGUUUGUCAGACCAUGACACAUCCCGAAAACGUCUGAACAGUUUGACCUAAACUAUUAUGACCCCUCUAUGGAAUGAUUAUGCUCCCACAAACACAAUGGUCCUCUACAACCCCCACAAGCAUCAUGGGACUUGUCUGAAGUCGGUACAGCCGAUCUGCCAGACACGUCAAAACCUUGUUUCUUAUGAUUUAUUUUGACUCCUUAAUUGCAUUUAUGUAUGUUAUUCAAUGUGUUUUCUAUGGGCUUUAGUAGUAAAGGCCAACAUCUAUUUUAUCAAAUAAUAAAUAAAUAAAAUGUAUACUUAAAGGGGUCCUAAAAUUCAGAAUCAAAUGGCAUAAUGAUCCAUAGUAAAACAUCUUAAAACGAUUCCAUAUGUUGGCUUUCAAAGGAUGGAGCUAAGAACAUUAACAACUUCAUAGUUAUGAACACUAACAAUAUGGAAGAGAAAUUAAACAUUCUACAAAAACAUCAGUACUUAAAAAACCCUAUAGAACAAUCCUUGGCUAGCUUUUCAGAGUUCUCUGAUAAAUUGGCCCACAUGGAAAACUUAAAGGCAUAGAAACCGUAAAAAACAGUUUUGAUGUUUUCAAAUACAUGCAACUUAAAAGUUUUCAGUUUCGAUCUGAAAUCUUUUGGACAUUACAUUUUAGUCAUUUAGCAGACGCUCUUAUCCAGAGCGACUUAGUUAGUGAGUGCAUACGUUUUCAUACUGGCCCCCCAUGGGAAUCGAACCCACAACCCUGGCGUUGCAAACGCCAUGCUCUACCAACUGAGCUACACAGGACAUCAGAGCAAUGUUGAGGGAAUUCUAGUUGAGUCAGAAAAUAAUACUCAUAUGAUGGGUAAGAUGUAUACAAAACCUUGCAGAAAGCCUAUCCAACUGAAUCUUUUUAGAAAAAAAUCUAAACUAUUGGAACCAAGACACAAAAAUAACUGAUAUUUGCACAAGAUGGAGGGAGUGUUGUAUGCUUAAUCCAGUAUAAACUAAUGUAUUAUACGAGACACAAUUCACAAAUUAUACAGCACAUCAGUCAUGUCUUAAGUGUAAAUAUGUGACUCUGAUUUUAAAGCCUUCAGGUAGUGCUAUAAAGUCCAGAAGUUAUGGGUGGAGUUAUAAAGUCGGCUGUCAGAGGUUUUACAAUAUAAAUGUACUUUUAAUCAGUCUCUGUAUAUUUCAAGACCUGUCAUAUGAGGGUGGGUUGAGAUACCAAAUGGGUUGGACCGUACUUUUCUCGUCAAUCAUUUUGAAACUUUUGCUUAACUGGAAAUCAAGUGAUCCUCCAUCGUUGAGACGGUGGAAGAAUCAAAUGCCUUUAUCUGAAUAUUGAAAGGGUGUGGGUGACAGAAGGGCAGAGUGGAGCAGUUCGAGGUCAUGUGGCAUAGUCUUGCAGGGGUGAUGUCGUUGACGUCUGUGUGUUUAUUGUGUAAAAUCUAGAGCUCUAUCACCACACACAAAAAUCUAUGAUUUGAGACAGGAUGCUGCUCAGGAUCGCCCAAUCGACAAAACCCAUAGGCCCUGGGCCCUAACCUUUAGGCACUUGCAUAGGCUCAAACUAAAAGGGUUAGAGUUUGAUAGGUGUAGCAACAUGGAUUGAAAUUCCACCAUUUUUAAUCCUUGCACAUGCAUUCAAUGUUGAAAUUCUUAAGUGAUCGCAAUGGUCAGUUCCAUAUCAAUAACUGGCCACUUUAAUUUGGACCAUACAGCAGGGGUCAGUCCUGUCUCGAAUUAUGGGGAAGAUGAUGACCUACAUCCUAGACCUGGAGAAAUUAACUUUUAGCGUAACACUUUCAAAUGUAGGCUACUUCCCCUGGUUUGAAAUCCACUACAACAAAAUGGCACAUUUGUAUCAGUGGCUGCACUGAACAUUUUUAAAGGGUUUAUAUGAAACAAGGUCAUGGAGAAGGAAAUGGACAGUAGUGUAAAAAUCAAGAUCGGUAUGUGGAUCCAUACCAUAUAUAUAUCCACACUGAGGUUGGAAUAAUAUUGUGAAAAUUAUAAUGCCCCUUUUUUAGUGUAAGAGCUGUUUGAAAAGACUGCCUGAAAUUUCAGGCAGUUUUGGUGGGAUGGAGUUUUGGCCUGUCAGGUGAUAUCACCUAGCGGUAAAUUAUUUAAUAGACCAAUAAGAAAGAGUCCCAAACCCCUCUGCCAAAAACAGCUCGUUUUCAGUUUUCCCCUCCCCACUCAAACCACUCUGACAGCCCUAGCAAAAUGAUUGCUUAAGAUUUGUUCUUUGCUAAGAAGCUAAUUUUGUUUUUUGACCAUUUUUAAUUGAAGCAAUCAGUAAGUUGAUAUUGAGAACAGCUGCAUUGGACCUCUUUUAACAUGGAACAUCCAGCAGGGGUCAGUCCUGUCUUGAAUUGUGGGGAUGACUGCAUAUUAGACCUGGAGAAAUCUAACUUUUAGAGUAACUUUCAAAUUGUAGGCUACUUCUCUGAAUUGAAAUCAGCUAAAACAAAAUUGUGACUGAACUUGAAGAGACAUGCUGUUGCAGUCCGUGCAUGAAGGCAGUGCAUUUAUUUAAUUUCAAUAGAGUAAGUUGUCUAUAUGGGGCUGUAUGAUGGGUGGGUGGCUGAAUGGAAUAGGUUGAUAUACUCACAGAUGCUGUCUGUUUUUCAGUGAGCAGCGGGUCAAUCACAGUGAACGCAGACUCCUCGGUGCAGCUGCUGGCUGAGGAGGCUUUCCCCCUGGACCAGCUUGAUGUGGCUGUAAGUACCCAUCACCCACUCAUAUAGACCUAUUCAUUAUCUCUAUGGCAAUGGGUGGGCAACUCUUGUCCUGCAGGCCACAUGGUGGGCAGUCUUCCAGCCCACCACAUAACACCUGAUUCUAGUAAUCAACUAAUCAUAGUUGUCUAGUUGUACUGCGAUUAGGUUAACCUGGGAUGUAUUCAUUACGGGGAUCGUUUACCAUUUUAAGAACCAAAUGGAAGAAAACGAAACUGGGAGGCACCUACCUGAAUUUCUCCAAUAGGAACUCUCGUUUGCAUUUUCCGUUUGGAGUAAACGGUUUCUGUUACAAAAGGUUUUGCGACAGACAAAAUAUUUUGCUACCGCAUCGACGGAAUGAUUACACCCCUGGGGCAUAUUCAUUACGCCAAUUCUGUUGCAAACCUUUUCUUAAAUGGAAGCAAACUAAACUGGGCGGGACCUACCUGUAUUUGUCCAAUAUAAUCUCUUGUUCCGUUUUUCAACUGGUUGGCUAAUGGUUACACUCCUGGUGUGUGUGAGAGCUGGGCAGGAAGAAGGGCCGCAGAGGGAUGCCUUACAACGUUUCCCAUGCCAAUGGGGGCAGAAUGCUCUGGUUCAAUGAUUUUUAAGGGCAAUCACUAGUUGCUCUUCAUCAGAGAAAUAACAAUUGCAUGAGCAUUUCCCAUCCUCUACAUUAGGAUGACUUUAUUCUCUGAAAAGCUAGGCUAGAGAGGUGUGAUUGGCAGCAUCAUUCAGCCCAUGCACAGCCAGUCAGUCAUUGAUUGAAACACAACGAUAGCCCUUUGCUCAAUCCCAGUGCCCUUUAUAAAGAUGUUAACUGUGUGCAACUCUGCUCAGUCAGACCUUUGCAAAACUAUAUGGCUAAACGAAACCUUCCAUGAAAUGACCAAAUCCCUUACUCAACAGAAUUCCGCACUGCAUUGGCUCAAAUGUGUCAGUCAAAAUAUAUUUGUGUGUGAAAUGAUGCUCUUUACUAUUCCCAGCCCCAUCAGCCGACUAAACUCAUUCAUUGUAGAGUUGCUCUUCCUCCCUCCCUCUCUCUUUCUCUCUGACCCUGUCCAAGAAGGGCUCCAUAGAAAUAUGAAUUUUUCCCCUCUGUGAGAUAACAAUGCACAGGAGAUACCUUGCUGUUAAUAAGGCAGGAAAGGUCAGUCACUGUUGAGUUCUAGCAGAUGUGCCAAGUCCCCACUGGGAGACCUUUAACUCCCAGCUAUGUUUGGCAUUUGUAAGCUGUAAUCGCUAAUGUGACAAAUGGCCCUUUCACAGGAAAGAGGCAACGUGAAUUUGCUAUGCUAGUCUCUCUCUUCCAGGCCUGCCAACAUGCACUUAAUUUGAGGUUAAAGUACGCUGGUACGAAAAACGACCCUAAAAUUGUCUUCUAGUUCGCACAUUGUGGUUUUUGACCCAACCGUCUGAAGUUGGAGCUGAGCCAAUUGGAGGACUUGGGCGAGGAGAAAAAAUCUCUAGCUUUACGCACCUGCCGCCCCCCUAGUCUUAGUACUGUUUUGCUACACUUUGUCCGUUGAUACUACUGUGAGGAAAAUAGGUAGGGAAAAUAUACGAUGAGCCUUCUGCAAAAUACAUUUUCCAAAUGUGGAUGUUAGUCAAGCUCAUAACCCCUUAUUUCGUACAUGGCUCCUUCGCUAAGGCGUCAUUACGACGAAAGUAGUUAGAUCAUCAUUAAGUCAACUAAGCGAGAACACUUUCUUGCUCGCACAUGCUUUGAUCUCAUCAACGGUAUUAGGCGCGAGCGCAUUGGCGAGCAAGGAAAUGUGUGGUGUUGCGAUAUUUCAGUGUGCGUGGAUGGCAGAGAGCUGUUAUGCUAAUACCAUCCUUCAAAAAAAGUAAUGUUGAACUGUUUUAAAAACUAGUAGGCCUAUGUUAAUUAAUCCGUUCUUGAUCUGUCCUCAUGAUAUACAGUACCAGUCAAAAGUUUGGACACCUACUCAUUCAAGGGUUUUUCUUUAUUUUUACUAUUUUCUACAUUGUAGAAUCAUAGUGAAGACAUUCAAAACUAUGGAAUCAUGUAAUAACCAAAAAAGUGUUAAACAAAUCACAAUAUAUUUGAGAUUCUUCAAAGUAACCACCCUUUGCGUUGAUGACAGCUUUGCACACGCUUGGCAUUCUCUCAACCAGCUUCACCUGGAAUGCUUUUUCAAUAGUCUUGAAGGAGUUCCCACAUGCUUAGCACUUGUUGGCUGCUUUUCCUUCACUCUGCGGUCCAAACCAUCUCAAUUGGGUUGAGGUUGGGUGAUUGUGGAGGUCAGGUCAUCUGAUGCAGCACUACAUCUCUCCUUGGUCAAAUAGCCCUUACACAGCCUGGAGGUGUGUUUUGGGUCGUUGUCCUGUUGAAAAACAAAUGAUAGUCCCACUAACCGCAAACCAGAUGGGAUGACGUCUCGCUGCAGAAUGCUGUGGUAGCCAUGCUGGUUACGUGUGCCUUGAAUUCUAAAUAAAUCAGUGUCACCAGCAAAGCACCAUCACACCACCACCUCCAUGUUUCACGGUGGGAACCACACAUGCGGAGAUCAUCCGUUCACCUACUCUGCGUCUCACAAAGACACGGCGGUUGGAACAACAAAUGUCAAAUUUGGACUAAUCAGACCAAAGGACAGAUUUCCAAUGGUCUAAUGUCCAUUACUCGUGUUUCUUGGCCCAAGCAGGUCUCUUCUUAUUAUUGGUGACCUUUUAAUAGUGGUUUCUUUGCAGCAAUUGACCAUGAAGGCCUGAUUCACAGUCUCCUCUGAACAGUUGAUGUUGAGAUGUGUAUGUUACUUGAACUCUGAAGCAUUUAUUUGGGCUGCAAUCUGAGGUGCAGUUAACUCUAAUGAAUUUAUCCUCUGCAGCAGAGGUAACUCUGGGUCUUCCUUUCCUGUGGCGGUCCUCAUGAGAGACAGUAACAACAUAGUGCUUGAUGGUUUUUGCGACUGCACUUGAAGAAACUUUAAAAGUUCUUAAUGUUCCGCAUUGACGGACAUUCAUGUCUUAAAGUAAUGGACUGUCGUUUCUCGUUGCUUAUUUGAGCUGUUCUUGCCAUAAUAUGGACUUGGUUUUUUACCAAAUAGGGCUAUCUUCUGUAUACCCCCCCACCUUGUCACAACACAACUGAUUGGCUCAAACGCAUUAAGAAUGAAAUACAUUCCACAAAUUAACUUUUUAAGAAGGCACACCUGUUAAUUGAAAUGCAUUCCAGGUGACUACCUAUUGAAGCUGGUUGAGAGAAUGCCAAGAGUGUGCAAAACUGUCAUCAAGGCAAAGGGUGGCUAUUUGAAGAAUCUCCAAUAUAAACUAUAUUUUGAUUUGUGUAACACUUUUUUUGGUUACUACAUGAUUCCAUAUGUGUUAUUUCAUAGUUUUGAUGUCUUCACUAUUAUACAAUGUAAAAAAAAUAGUACAAAUAAAGAAAUACCCUUGAAUGAGUAGGUGUUCUAAAACGUUUGACCGGUAGUGUAUAUAUGGAGGUAUUUUAAUGGCUAAAAUAAGGGGUUAAAUACAUGUCAAAAUAAAUAAAAAUAGUGUCCUGAUCUUUAUAUCUCUCAGAUAUAGGACAGAAACUUAAGAACAAACUUCCUUUUUAUAAAUUUUUUGACUAUCUGUUUAUCCAUGUAUGAAGCUGCCCCCCCACCCCACCCCCACCCCCUCUUUUAUGCUGCAUAGUCACUUUAACUCAACAUGUACAUAUUACCUCAAUUACAUUUUUUUUCUUUUUUUUUUACAUUUAUAUCAUUUAGCUUUUUUUUGGGGGGGGGGGGGGGGGGGGGGGGGGGGGGGGGUUUAAGGGGGGGUAGAAGGAUUACUUUAUCCUAUCCCAGGUAUUCCUUAAAGAGGUGGGGUUUCAAGGCUGAGUGGGAACUGUGCUUCCGCAGAGGUAGGGGGGCCAGCAGGCCAGAGGUGGAUGAACGCAAUGCCCUCGUUUGGGUGUAGGGACUGAUCAGAGCCUGAAGGUACGGAGGUGCCGUUCACCUCACAGCUCCGUAGGCACGGAGGUGCCGUUCCCCUCACAGCUCCGUAGGCAAGCACCAUGGUCUUGUAGCAGAUGCGAGCUUCAACUGGAAGCCAGUGGAGUGUGCGGAGGAGCGGGGUGACGUGAGAGAACUUGGGAAGGUUGAACACCAGACGGGCUGCGGCAUUCUGGAUGAGUUGUAGGGGUUUAAUGGCACAGGCAGGGAGCCCAGCCAACAGUGAGUUGCAGUAAUCCAGACGGGAGAUGACAAGUGCCUGGAUUAGGACCUGUGCCGCUUCCUGUGUAAGUUAGGGUCGUACUCUGCGAAUGUUGUAGAGCAUGAACCUACAGUAUCGGGUCACCGCCUUGAUGUUAGUGGAGAACGACAGGGUGUUGUCCAGGGUCACGCCAAGGCUCUUCGCACUCUGGGAGGAGGACACAACGGAGUUGUCAACCGUGAUGGCAAGAUCAUGGAACGGGCAGUCCUUCCCCGGGAGGAAGAGCAGCUCCGUCUUGCCGAGGUUCAGCUUGAGGUGGUGAUCCGUCAUCCACACUGAUGUGUCUGCCAGACAUGCAGAGAUGCGAUUCGCCACCUGGUUAUCAGAAGGGGGAAAGGAGAAGAUUAGUUGUGUGUCGUCUGCGUAGCAAUGAUAGGAGAGGCCAUGUGAGGAUAUGACAGAGCCAAGUGACUUGGUGUAUAGCGAGAAUAGGAGAGGGCCUAGAACUGAGCCCUGGGGGACACAAGUGGUGAGAGCACGUGGUGCGGAGACAGAUUCUCGCCACGCCACUUGGUAGGAGCGACCGGUCAGGUAGGACGCAAUCCAAGAGUGAGCCGCGCCGGAGAUGCCCAGCUCGGAGAGGGUGGAGAGGAGGAUCUGAUGGUUCACAGUAUCAAAGGCAGCAGACAGGUCUAGAAGGACAAGAGGAGAGAGAGUUAGCUUUAGCAGUGCGGAGAGCCUCCGUGACACAGAGAAGAGCAGUCUUAGUUGAAUGACCAGUCUUGAAACCUGACUGGUUUGGAUCAAGAAGGUAAUUCUGAAAGAGAUAGCAAGAGAGUUGGCUAAAGACGGCACGCUCAAGAGUUUUGGAGAGAAAAGAGAGAAGGGAUACUGGUCUGUAGUUGUUGACAUCAGAGGGAUCGAGUGUUGGUUUUUUGAGAAGGGGUGCAACUCUCGCUCUAAUGAAGACGGAAGGGACAUAGCCAGCGGUCAAUUACCUCGACUAACCGGUGCCCCCGCACAUUGACUCUGUACCGGUACCCCCUGUAUAUAGCCUCCCUACUGUUAUUUUAUUUUACUGCUGCUCUUUAAUUAUUUGCUAUUUUUUACUUAUCUAUUUUUUUCUUAACUGCAUUGUUGGUUAAGGGCUUGUAAGUAAUAAUUUCAUUGUAAGGUCUACACCUGUUGUAUUCGGCGCAUGAGGCAAAUUUGAUUUGAUUUUAAUUUCAUUCAGGAUCAAACCCAUUUGAAAUGAAUUGGUUUGCCUGGCAGAAGCAUAAAGAACAAUAGGCGGUCCUUUUUUUGUACAAUGUUUUUUGCUCAAAGAUCCAGCCGUACAGGAUUGGUUUAUGCAGCUUUAGCAUCGCUGAAGCAGUGUUUCCCCUGACCAUGCUUACUGGGGCCUGCCGCCUAGCUCUGACCCCUGUCUAAGGCUGCGUUAACACAUGCAGCCCAGUUAUCUUUUGCCCAAUUAUUGACAAAAUAGUUUAAUUGAUUGGUCAAAAGAGCAAUGGGGGAACUACAUAUCAUAAUUGGGUUGCCUGUGUAAACGCAGCCCAAAAACUAUUAGCCUUAAUUGGUUAUUCAGUUGAAUGUAAGAAAUACAGACUGUUAGUACUGUGCUAGCAUAUUUAGUAUGCAUGAUGUCCAACACUUUACUUCAUAGUAUGGUUAUUGGGAAAUGGUUAUUGUGUUUAAGUGUAUCUGACAUCUCUCUGGUUUCUAGGCUGCCAAGGCCAACUUGGAGAAGGCCCAGUCUGAAAUGGCGUCUGCGUCUGACGAGGCUGUCAGGGCAGAGGUCCAGAUCAACAUAGAUGCCAACGAGGCCAUCGUCAAAGCCCUGGAGUAGGCCGCGGGACUGGUCUCUGUGGUACGUAUUGCAGCCAUGUACCUCUGUGAGGAGGAAGAAGUGUGUAGCAUAUGAGCUUCACAUUCGACCUAGACGCUGUUGGAAAAUCUUUAGAAUGCAUCCAAUCCUUGCUCAUAUCUUCCUUGAAGCUAUCACUGUGUAUUUUAAAGGCUUACACUUGCCGAGCUAAUCAGCUACCAGCAAUUUUUUACGAAAGGAGACAACACAUUGACUUAACGGGUGAUGAUGAGUUCAACAUUUCCCAAGUUUAUGCACAUUUCAGCCAAUCGGCGGAGGGCAGAUCUUGUUGGCAUGCUUUGACAUUGCUAACAGAAUUGCCAUCAUGCAUUCUGUUUAAAGGAGAGAUCUCCAUGACUUGAUCACUGAUCUUGCGCAUGUGAGUUCAGAGCCUGUUUCAGCAUGGGCAGUGCCAUUGAGUACUUUCACCUUUUUGAAGUAGGCAACUGGGUGGGACCAUAGAGAAUGAUAGAGGCCUCUGGUGGCCAAAAGGCUGUAUUGGCAUGGGUAGCACCAUUGAAGGGUUCCAUCCUUUUAAUGUAGUCAACUGGGUUGGACUUUCAACUUCAUUGGCUGAUCUCUUCUGGUGACCCGGUUGGAGUCAUGUCCAACCGGGUCAUCAGGAGGGAUCAGCCAAUCGUGAAGAAGAAAAUAAAUUACUUAAAAAUGGAGAUGGCCUUAAUGGCGCAGCCCAUGCUGUCACAGACACUAUAAUGGCACAGAUACAAAGAUGAGUCCUCUAUCUAUCUCUAUGGGUUGGCCUUCCUAUUUGUUAAGGAAGGAUCACAUAAUUCCGUCCAGGUCAUCAGGAGGGAUCAGCCAAUUAAUUAUACUUGUGAACCAACAUUCCAUAACAUUCCAGUAAAUCGCCAACCUUGGCUUUAUACCUGUACAAACAACACACUCAAGGUGGCAGUAUGCACCCUUUCUGAUUUUUUUACCAACUCAUUGAUGUAGUAGAAGAAAAUGUACUACUUUAAAAUGGGGAUGGCCUCAUGGUGCUGCCGAUGCUCUCACAGACUCCAUAAUCGGACAGAUGCAAUGUUGCGUCCUGUAACUCUCUGUAGUUCAGUAAGUAUUCGAACAGGGUCUUUAGCACACCCCAUUGUUAUUUGUAAGACUGUUUUUAUUUCUGGAUCACUGUGUACUUACCGUAAUUAUAUUUUCUCCUUUGUUCCAGGUAGCAUGUCGUGUUGGUAUAAUGGAAAUAAAAAUUCUCCAACUCUGUUUCCUGGCCCAGUCAAGUCAGUAACCGCAAAAUCUCAUGCUUGCUUUGUACAGUGGAAUUAAAUUACCAAUAAAUGUAUUUAGAUUUACCUGCCAGUAAUUUUCUGUCUUUUUGUUCCUUUUUUGUAGGAUUCAAUGAGUGACAUUGUGUGCUCAAUCUUGUAAGGGAAAAGUGACCAAACAUAGAUUUAUUCUGUGUACAAUGUGUUUUUCCCUGUAUUUUGUGGUUGCUUAAUGCAGUUCUCCUUUCCGCCACUCGGUGACAGUGUGUCUUCGUAAACCAUGGUAGACCAGUCACAGCAAGUAGCAAACUGAGCUAAGUCUGUUCCUUUGUGGCGAGACAAGCCCUUUAACCAAGGGUAGCUAUUGUAUUCACAUUUGUUUAUUCGGCUAUGUUGUGAUUUCUCAAGUGUUAUAGUUAAUUGAUUAAAGG